UUGGCCUCUCACUUUGGAGGCUUUCCUCAACUAUCAGGUUAUCCUUGGCUGUCCACUCCUUUUCAUGGCAUUAAGAAGCUAUUGUAAGUUCACUGUUUGGCUCCAUAUCCCUACCCUUUUCAUGCAUCUGAUAUUCCUGGAUCCAGAACCCUCAGCCUCCAUUUUCUUGAAGAAAAAAAUGCCCAGUUUCCUAGAGGGGGAAGUAGUAGUUUACAUAGGAUUCAACCACUUAAUUUAAGACUUUCUUCAGCCUUUCCGAUGGUGACGACCUCCCCACGAGAAUAUGCCUCUCUCAAAGGAUCUCCUUCGUCCCUCUCCAGAAGAGGAGAAAAGGAAACACAAGAAGAAGAGCCUGGUGCAGAGCCCCAAUUCCUAUUUCAUGGAUGUGAAAUGCUCAGGAUGCUAUAAAAUCACCACUGUCUUUGGCCAUGCACAAACAGUAGUUCUGUGUGUUGGCUGCUCUACUGUCCUCUGCCAGCCUACAGGAGGAAAAGCAAGGCUUACAGAAGGAUGCUCCUUCAGACGGAAGCAGCACUAAAAGCCCCCAGAAUCAAGAUGAAUGGGAAACCAUCCCAAUAAACACAUUUUGGAUUAAAAAAA